AUGGAAAAGAUUAAUCUUAAUCUUUCUACGCGACCAAAAGCAAGUAUUUUAGACAAACCUUUGAGUCGUGGGAAAGGAGAAGUUUCGCUGAGUUGCUACGCUCUCCUAUUUUCUGAACUGGUGCAGUAUUCGCAAAGCCGUGUUAGCACUAUUCCCGAUUUGCAAAAUAAGUUACAUGAUAUGGGUAAAGAUGUGGGAUGCCGUAUAAUUGAUCUAUACUUCGUGCGUGAGCGAAAUUCUAAACGUGAAACAAAACUUAUCAAUAUGCUUUUGUUCAUCAAAACAACACUCUGGAAGACUCUUUUCGGGAAAGAAGCUGACAAGCUGGAGCAUGCUACAGACGAUGAAUGCACUUACUAUAUAAUCGAAAAAGAUCCGCUAGUAAAUAAGUUCAUCAGCGUCCCGAAGGAUAAAGGAUCGCUAAACUGCGCAGUAUUUGUUGCUGGAAUUGUACAGGCUGUGCUGUCGAAUUGUGGAUUUACAUGUCAGGUAUCUGCCCACUGGCACAAAGGAACUACGUAUAUGGUAAAGUUUGAAGAUCAUGUUAUCAGCAGAGAUAAGCAAUUAGAAGAGAAAUAAAUAAAUUUAUUCUUAAUACGGUAACAUAUUUAUAUUUUGCGAAUUUAAUUACCUUAAUCUAAUAAAAAAUGGA